AUGAAGCUCUAUCCCUCCAUCAGCCCCGACCUCGCAGACUGGGCCGCCCGCCAGCCCGUCUUCUUCACGGCCUCGGCGCCCACCCACCUCCCCCACAUCAACGUCUCACCCAAGGGCCUCUCCGCCCACUUCGCCGUCCUCUCGCCCAACUUGGUCGCUUACAUUGACCGGACCGGCUCCGGGUGCGAGACCAUCGCCCACAGCUACGAGAAUGGGCGCCUGACGCUCAUGUUCAUGUCCUUUGGCCCGUCGCCUCGCAUCCUCCGCCUCUUCUGCAAGAGCCGGAUCGUCGAGUGGGACCACCCGGACUUUGACUCGUGGAUGAAGCGCAUCGUCCCGCAAGGCGAGGCCGGCCGGGACUCGUACGACGGCACGAGAGCCGUCGUCGUAGGCGAGGUCUGGGAAGUGCAGACGAGCUGCGGGUUCGGCGUCCCGAUGGUCCGCAAGGAGCUCUACGCACCACCAACGGCUGGAGACGACGACGCCGCCCCCGAGGACGGGGGACAAGACAACCGCAAGGACGAGCUCUCCGUCUUCGAGGAGCGUCCCACCCUCGACUUCUACUGGAAGAAGCGCGUCGACAACAACACGGUCAACAAGUACCAGGCCGAGACCAACCGGACCUCCAUCGACGGCCUCCCCGGGCUCCGGGCCGCGCGGCGGGACGCCGGCGAGACCCUCUGGGUGACGGACGCCAAGGCCAGGCUCGCCCGCGCGGUGCGGGAGACGGACGGUGUCCUCUUGGGUGUGUUGUUCACGGUUUUUGUGUACUACGCUGCGAUCUGGGGGACCGCAUGGUGGGCGCGCGCGACUCCGUCCAGGAGCCUGAUCUGGCCCAAUUGA